AUGAAGAAGUUUUUGCAAAACAAAAAGGGCCGAUAUUCUUUCCGACGGGGCUCUCGGUAUCCAUCUAAAGAUUUCUUCCUCAGCAUGCCGUCGUCCAACCAGGGCUGGCCUGAGGAGUUCGGCUUCCUUCUGGGUGGCAAUGGCCCCAGCUACAUCCUAUCGGUUGAGGAGGGCAGCAGUGCAAACCUGGCUGGGCUGCAGGCAGGGGACCAGGUCCUGGAGAUCGAGGGCCACAACGUGUCGACGCUGGGUCCCCAAGCUGUCGUUGCCAUCGCCCAGACUCAGAAGAACAUCCCUCCCAGCAUCGGAGUGGUGUCCCGCAUACAGCAGAUGGACAUCAUCCCUGGUCCGGACGGUCGCUUCGGGUUCACCAUCGUGGGAGACUGCCCCCUGCUGGUGGAGGAUUGCUCGCCCUGCUCUCCGGCCGGCCGGGCAGGUCUGAGGGCGGGGGAUUACGUCAUGGAGGUGAACGGGAUCCCCGUAAGGCAGCACGAGACGGCCGCGGCGCUGAUCAAAGCCUCGCAGGGCCGGACGCUCCGCCUGGGGGUGCUGUGCCUCGGCCCGCGGCAGAAACACAGCAUCAGCAUAGAGGACAGUCAGAUGGGAGGAGAGGGAGCGAGGCUGGACCGCAAACACAAAGCUCUGGAGUUCAACAGGAGGGUUGACCAGAUCCUAGGUGAUGAACCUGAAGUGAAAGAGAAACUCUUCAGCGCUCUGAAGCAGUACGCAGCGGAGAAGAGGGUGGAGUGGUUGGCCUCGGUGCUGCCCGACAUCCUGAACACUGAAGAGCACCGACAGCUCAUCUCCAGCAUCAGAAUCUUCAUUCCCAAGAAGCACCGGCAGCGCUUCGACGAGUCCGUGUCCCAGAACGUGAUCAACCGGCUCUGUCGCAGCAAGAGCAUCAGCGAGCCGCAGGGAAGGAUCCGGAGGAGCCGGAGCGAGGAUCACUCCGACCGGCACCACGGGUCCAAACGCGCCAGCUCGGUGCCCAGAGAUGGAGAACCCGGGGGGAGAGGGGAGACGGAGAGAGACCGGGGAAUAAGGAAGUCCAGCUCGGGGAUCCCUCCACAUCCCCCCCUCGGACCCAAUCAGAGGAUCGUUCGUGUGUACCGGGGCAAGAAGAACUUCGGCUUCACGCUGCGAGGUCACGCCCCCGUCUGCCUCGACUCCGUGAUCCCAGACAGUCCUGCUGAGGAAUGUGGACUGAAAACCGGCGACCGCAUCCUCUUCCUCAAUGGAUUGGACAUGAGGAACUGCUCCCAUGAGAAGGUGGUGUCCAUGCUGCAGGGCAGCGGGGCGAUGCCCACUCUGGUGGUGGAGGACGGGCCGUCUGAGUUCUCCUCAGAACAAAACGACCCGGAGGAAUCCCCGAUCCGAGCCCCCACCACAAUGCCUCGCUCCAGGUCUCCAGCCCUCAGCUCUCUGCAGUGGGUGGCAGAGAUCCUCCCCCCGAGCAUCAAAGUCCACGGACGGACCUUCAGCCAGCAGCUGGAGCACCUGCUCACCAUCCAGGAGAGAUACACCGUCUGCAAGUCCCUGGAGACCUUCUUCCAGCACAGGAAUGUGGACACUCUGAUUGUGGACGUGUUUCCGGUGUUGGACACUCCGGCCAAACAGCUGAUCUGGCAGUUCAUUUACCAGCUACUGACGUACGACGAGCAGGAGCGCUGCCAGGGGAAGCUGUCACGCUUCCUGGGCUUCAAGAGCAGCGCUGUUUUGGAGCCUGACGUCAGCCCGGAGCAGCACCACCGGCGGAGCAGCUCCAUGAGGGUGACGGGGACGUCGUUCCGCAACCUCACCCGAGAGAGGAGCUCUGACGACUGCAUCAUCGGGACUCACCUGGGAAUGGGAAUUCAUGUGGAUGAAUCCGGGAGCCCGGAGGAGAGGCAGUCAGGAGACGGGACCUCCUUCCCCGAGUCCCCUGACCUCAAUCAUAUGACAGGGGUUUACACGGAGCUGGAGAACGUUUACGCAGGAAAGGGUGUGUCUCCGCUGCAGGGCGGCUCCUCAGGGGAGCCCGAGGGCCCGGGACAGACUGAGGCCUACGGGCGCCCUCUUUCCCCCCUCACACUCCCCCCUCUCAAAGGUAACCGUAAGUCCGGCCUCUCCCUGUCCUGGAAGGAGCCUCUCCCGACUCCCGUGUACGAGAUCCACCACCAGAGCAGCGUGGACUCCAACCCCUACGUGUGCCUGGAGAGCCCCCCCGCCUCCCCUCAGCACUCGGACGGCGGGCCCAACACGCUGACCCGCCGCAAGAAGCUGUUCACGUUCUCACGCCCGCCGCGCAGCCGGGACACCGACAAGUUCCUGGACGCUCUGAGCGAGCAGCUGGGGCACCGGGUCACGCUGGUGGACGACUUUGUGCACGGGGAGAACGACUACGAGGAGAUGAGUUUCCAGGAGGACCAGGAAGUGGGCUUCAUGCCCCGGAAGCUCAGCAGCGGCAGCAGCGAGGAUCACAGCAGCAGCGACGACGCCUCCUCCCCGUCCUACUCCUCCGGGUCAGAACCCAUCCCUCCACCUCCCACCCAGAGCCCCCCGCCUCCCCCACCUUUCCAGGGUCUCAUCCCGCCCCCUGUGCAGUUCACGGACCCCUUACCUCCUGUCCGAUUCUCCCCUGAGCACGUCCCCCGCAGCCGGAUGCCCUUCCAGCCACACCACCCCAUCAUCCCUCCGCCGCCGCCCCCUCCCAGGACCCUCCUCUCCAGCCGCUCCCCUCUCCACCACCCCUCCAGAGAGGAAGUGGAGACUCCUCACCAGCGCUUCCAGACCACCACCACCUCCACCCGGCUCUCGCACGGCCACACCACCCUGCGGUCCUCGCAGCCGUCCCGCCCCUGCUACCUCCCCCGGCAGCACAGCCAGCCCCAGCCCCUCCUGCAGCCGUCCCCCCAGCCCUCCCCCGCACCGCUGAGACCCAGCCAGCUCGUCCUGCAGAGGCACCACCAGCUCCACCACCAGCACAGCUACCAGGGCCCGCUGCCGCCCUCCCUCCACGACCACAACUCCUCCCAGUGCCAGAGCCAAGGCGGCCCCGGCUCCUCGCUGCUCUCCAAACCUCCAGCCUCCCACUCCACCCUCCCCACCCACAUCAAAACCUAUGACCCCCCUCAGGAGGAACAGCAGUCGCAACAGGCACCACCGCCUCCACCUCCUCCUCUGCCUCCACCCUGUGAGCCGCCUCCGCUGCCCAAACCGGGCCACGCCUCGGACACCAACCACAUGAGUGUGAAGCGUCUGCGCUGGGAGCAGGUGGAGAACUCUGAGGGAACCAUAUGGGGUCAGCUCGGAGAGGACUCGGACUACGACAAGCUCACUGACAUGGUGAAGUAUUUGGAUCUUGAUCUGCACUUUGGGACUCAACGCCAAUCCAUGUCUCCUCCAGAGCCAGCCUUCCAGCCGGAGAACUUUAAAAAGAAAGACGUGGUGGAGAUUCUGUCUCAUAAGAAAGCCUACAACGCCUCCAUCCUCAUCGCCCAUUUGAAGCUCUCCACCUCCGAGCUGCGUCAGGUCCUGAUGAACAUGACCACCGACCGGCUGGAGCCCACCCACAUCAAGCAGCUGCUGCUGUACGCCCCCGACGAGGACGAGGUCAAACAGUACGAGCAGUUCGAGCAGGACCCGGCCAAACUCAGCGAGCCCGACCAGUUCAUCUUCCAGAUGCUGAUGGUGCCCGAGUAUAAAACACGUCUGCGGAGCCUCCACUUCAAGACCACCCUGCAGGAGAGGACGGAGGAGAUGAAGGUCGCGUACGAUUACAUCUACAAGGCUUCAGUGGAGCUGAAGAGCAGCAAGAAGCUCGCCAAAAUCCUGGAGUUUGUUCUUGCGAUGGGGAAUUACCUGAACAAUGGGCAGCCCAAGAGCCACCGGACGACCAGUUUUAAGAUCAACUUCCUCACCGAGCUAAGCACAACCAAAACAGUAGACGGGAAGUCCACCUUCCUCCACAUUCUGGCCAAGUCUCUGUGCCAACACUUCCCCGAGCUGCUCAACUUUUCCAGAGACCUCACCACCGUGCCUCUGGCCGCCAAGGUGAACCAGAGGGCCAUCACUGCAGAACUGACUGACCUUCACUCCACCAUCCUGGACAUCAGGAAGGCCUGUCUGAAGAUCCCGCCCACCUCCGAGGACCACUUCGCCUCCGUCAUGAGCAGCUUCCUGGAGAACAGCCACCCUGCGAUCCAGUCUCUGGAGUCUCUGCAGACCCGAGCCACGGAGGAGUUCUCCAAAGUGGCCUUGUUCUUCGGAGAGGACUGCAAGUCUGCCAACUCCGAGUCCUUCUUCGGCAUCUUCGCGGAGUUCAUCGGCAAGUUUGAGAGAGCUCUCAGUGAGACCAAGACCCCUGAAAACCCCAGAAGCCCCAGGCUGUCCUCCCCUCUGGCCUGGUAGGAGAGGAAUUUGGUCGGAUGUCGACUUCAUUUUCACUCUGCUCUCCAACAACCAAAGUGCCAAGAUCACACACAGAGACACUCACUGCAACGGGAACAGAGAGCGCGUCAUCUAUAGCAGGCAGAAGGGAAAUACACUGUAAUCUAACUGGAGAAAAUCACAGAUAAUGACAGCCCUGUGUGCACUGCCAUUUCAGGUGUGAACAGGAAGUCAAACACACACUAGUCUUUACUUUAUUUACAUCUCUCUUUUUAAAGUCAAAUACUUAAACCCUCCAUUAGCUCCGGUGCAGCAUUUCAAACAGUAAUGAAGAACAACUGGUCUGGAUAUUUGGAUUACUAGCGAUGUUUAAUACCUGACUGUAUAAAAGUUUAUAUUUUCUAUCAGAUCAUAUAUGAAAAUUGUAAAGAUCAAGCGUAGACGUAGACUGAUGACUCUGGAAGCAAGAGUAGUGUAGGUAGCGUGUACAGAGCCAGAGAGUUCAUGCAGCGGGGCGUUCACUGCCUCACACACAGCAUGAGUUCAUUAGUAAUGGUAAAAAUCAUUGUAUCAUAUGUAUCCUUAUUGUUUAUUUAGGGUUAAAUAUGUCAUCAUCUCAACAUACUGUGAGUUUAAAGGGCAUCGAUCAUUGGAAUUGUAAUGAAAUAAAACUGGGAGAUUAAGUCAAAUUCAUCCACACACACUCAGUUAAUAAUCCUCUGGAAGUAAAACAGUGCCCUGAAGUUUCUGAAUACCUACUUUUUUUCAUUUGUUCACAUUGAUUAUAACAUAAGGGCCUUAGUUGGAUGAAAUACAAAACAGAAGAGAAUUUUCGAACUCCCUCUGGAGGGAUUUUAGCCUUUGCAGGACCAUUUACAUGCACCAAACCCUUUAUAACACGCUACAGGGAAAGGAACCCCCCUUAUCGGAAAACCUACAUUUUGAAUUUUUUGUAAUCAUUUUUUCACAUUAAUUAUAACAUGUGUUUUUUUUAGAACCUUAAUUGGAUGAAAUAGAAAACAGAAGACAAUUUUCAAACCCCUUCUGGAGGGAACUUUGGGAUUUUAGCCUUUGCAGACCAUUUACAUGCACCAAAACCUUUAUAACACACUACAGGAAAGGGAAACCAUAAUAGGGCCUCUUUAAAUCUGCAGCCACUGCUAUUUCUCUGCCUGCGAGGAGUCUACAUGAAUCCAAUAACCUUUAUUUAUUCCUAAACCAACAACAGAACACCUUCCACCGAGAGAAGACUCGUUCAUCACAAAUCAUCUGUUUGACAAAGCGUGGGUCUUCUGUUUUAUUGAGAAAGCCGAGUGCUUCAGGCGGGGACUCUUCAGCUUCUGAUGAAUGAAUGUCAAAUGCAUGUGGAGAAAAAAGAGAAACUGCAUCCUACUGUAAAUGGUACCUUCCUGCUCCCUGCUCCUCCUGGUGACUCCUCUACAGUACAGUACCUGUAGCUGUGUUGUAUUUACGUCGAUUGUUGAGAUUGUACAUUUACAGGUUUUGCUAUGCACUGCUCACCAUUUCAUUUUUUACCGUGCGUGUGUUUUAAAAGACCUCGUUUAUUUUCAUAUUCAAUCAUCAGGAAAUGAUCGUGGUAUUUAUUCUCUAUGCGCUGCUUCAGUCACGCUUAUACAACGGCGUCUUGUAUCAAAAUAUAAUCUAAUCUAAAUCUAAUUACAGAGCCAGGGGAGGUGAGCAAUAUCUGAACAAAACAUAUCCAAAGACUAAAAGUGUAAAUAAAGUUAAAGGUGCAUAUCCUGAGAUUAAAACGGUUCAAUUACGUGAUAUUUCUUAGAAUAACCAAAUUAAAUUUACGUGAGAAACAUGGAUAUCCUUUGAGAUUAAAGCAGUUAAUUUAUGCAAAGAAUUGUAUAUUAUCUGACAUUAAAGCGGUAAGCAGGAGAAAAUAAAUAAUCUGUUAUAAUUGUAUAUUUUUUAUUAUUAAUCUGUGAAUAAAAAGGCAUAAAUUGGCCCCAAAAAAAUCUGAAAUCUAAUAUCAAAGGCUCAAAAAUCUGAAUAUUGAAGGUUUUUCCUCAUGGAUUUAUUUUAAAGAAAUAACGACAAUUUAUUAAUAAUAUAAUCUUAUAAAAAAUGAUAUGUAUAUAUAUAUUUCCCCACCCCCCCCACCCUCGGCUCUGUAAUAUGUCUUUUCUUCUGAACCUCUUUGGUCCCAGUAUGCCGUUGUAGACGAGGUGACUGAUCUUAUAAACAUGCAACCCUAGCUGCUCCGGUGCAGUGUCAGUGUUUAUCGUCCAAAUCGCAUGUUGGUGCAGUCGAUGUUUGAAGAUGUGCAGCUGGUAGCAUUUCCCUCCCUGGAUAUUUAAGUUUAGAAUAAAAACAGUUCUGUCUAGUUUAUUCAUUGUGUGUCUACAGGCUCCCUUUUAUUGGUAAUGUUUCCAUGGAUAGUGGCUCAAGUUUUGACUUAGUUUUUGUUAGGAACUUUAAAAUGAAU